AUGUUAUAUCCAUUUUUUUACAUCCACUCCUCCCUUUGUGUGUACACUGCAGUAAGGGUCGACCUUCCCUUUGCGAGGCCGUGCUUCAGCACUGAUAUUCUAACACCACAUUUUUGCCGUCUUAGUGAUCGCACCUAUUGUGCUCCCAUAAGGGUCGAUAUUGAAUACACUGCAUAUGUACGGGAUGAAACACAAAUUGCCAAAAACAAAAAACCGUAUAAAACGCUCACGCUACGGAAGGAAAGUGCCAUUAUUGGGUACAUGCCUAUUAUGCUUAAAAGUUCUGCUUGUGUUCUGCAUGGAAAGGAUGAAGAUGAAAUAGCAAGAUAUGGCGAGUGCCCUCUAGAUCCUGGUGGUUACUUCAUUGUGAAAGGAAAUGAGAAGCUCAUCCUCAUACAAGAAGAAUUACAAAGGAAUCAUAUUAUUAUUGGGACUGAUCGUAAAGGAAGAUUCCUAUAAUUGUCGUUAUAAAAGCUCUGGGGAUAGAAAGUGACCAAGAGGUUGUACAAAUGAUUGGAUGAGAUCCAAGAUAUGGGGACUUACUACUUUUAUCUAUUCAGGAAUGUGCCGCAAAGGGAAUAUAUACACAAGAACAAGCUCUUCAUUACAUGGAUGGCAAGGUGAAAUUUGAAAAACGAUAAGCGUGUGCCUUACUAUCAUCCUUAAAGAAACCUUUUGUUGUAGUUUGAAUUAUACCAAGCAAUUUGCAGAUCAAUAAAUAGUGCAUGAAGUGCAUCAUAAGCUUUGCAAGAGUAUAUCCCUUCAUUACCGAGUCAUGCAUGUUAGAGUUAUAA